AUGCCUAUCCCAAUCAGUGUGAUCACCACCUUCCGCACUACCUUCAACCCCUUCUCCCAGGCUUCUCGGCCCUGCCGCCUCUUCCUGUCUCUCCUCCGCACCCCCAACACCGUCCCCGGUGGCGCGAGCUUCAUCGACAUCAAGGUCAAUCAGCUGCCGCGCAACUCUACACAGGAACCUACUAUGACUAUAGGCUUCAAGGGUGGAAAGGAACUGACCCUGGAGGUUGGUAAGCGUGGACUGAAGAUCGGUGAUGUGGUGGAGGAAGUGUCGCGAGUUGGUCGCCAGUUGGAGCGCGAGGCCAGUCUGAAGGGCUAG